GUACAGAGCCGACCCAUAAACUGAUUGGGGUCAUAGGAAGCCGCUCGUCCCACCAGCUCCGCACCGCGAGAACAUGACGGGAACGAAGAAAACUGUUGGGAUUUUCUCGAGAGACAACGAAGUCAGCUACCGGUGGCUGGUCAGCCAGCUAAGGUCCUCCUUUUUCCACAAUGUGGUUAAAGAGGUCCGCGCCGUCACCAUAACCAACAACCAAAGCAAGUUUCUGAGUGAGCUGUCUGGCUGCACCUUCGCCAUCCUGUACCACACGCAGCACAGGGGCAGGCUGAACGUGGCCAACGUGGCCGAUGCCCUGUACGAUGACGAAUUAGACAAAAUGUGCAGGCUUCUCGGGAGGGAAAAUGUCAUUGUCUUGUUGGAUGACUUGGAGGACAGCAGCCAGGCCAAAAGGAUGGACAUAUUAAAUACGCAGUACGACAUUCUAACCAAGGCCUGCGAGCUCUUCCUGAUCAGCACUUUGGAGAAGAAGUCGUGUAACUUGUACGGCUCCGACCCAAGAUGGAGCAAGCGCCCCACUUCACCGCAGCUGCAAGGCGAAUAUCUGAGUAUACGGAGCAAGAGGAAACAGAUCAGGGACAUCAUUUCCCCCGACCAGAAAGGAGACUUUUCAGAUGAUGAUUCCCAAAUCACAACAUCGACAUUUAACAGCCAUGGAAGAAGAGUUUCAGAAAGAAGCUUUUCUGAUAAUUGUCCCCAAACCGACACUCUGUCUUCUGGGUCCUGGGCACAAGGUCAAGGAACGGUUGAUCAGCCGCUGCUUAUCAACACAUCUCCUGGCCUCCACCCUAUUGAUGAUUCAGAAGCCCUCAGAGAGAGGCAGGUGAUUCCCAUCGACUCCAAGGGGCCCGCGGCACCAAAACGGAGAAAGAUAUUAAAUCUCAGCAACAAGGCCGUCUUUCUCAUUAUUGGAGUCAUUGGCGGGAUUCUGCUCAUCGCGUUCAUCGUGAUUGUUGCUACUUUGUAAAGAAAAAAGAAAAAAGGGCCAGCGACUCCAUCCCACCGAAACAUGGAACCUGCUGGCAGAUCGGCCCCUGGCGGCCCCCGUCCGGUUUCUCCUGCUGUAACGACUCAAACCUUAAUCAGUCGUUGGUCUCGUCUUAGAUUCAGGAGCCGUAUGUCUAUCCCAUGCAUGUUUAAUACCCUCACUGUAUUACCCUCUACCACCUCUGCUGGGAGGCCGUGCCACUGAUCCCUCUGUUAAUGCCGCCAGCUGAAAGUAGACUCCGGUUGGUCUAAAUUUGCCUGAUUUUUCAGUAAACUUUCUCUGAUUCCA